AUGAGCUACCCGAUUCCCCGACCCGAGCCGAGCCGGUCAUUGGGCGCCUCUGGAGGGCCUGGCCCGGUGAGCCCCGUCCCGGAGGCGAGAGGGCUUGGGGAGGUGACGCAAGGCGGGCUCGGGGACGAUGCUCCCCAGCACAACAGGCGCCUGUCCUCUGGGGCAAGGGAAACCAUGCCGAGGACAGCACCGGCAGGCGCCUGGCGAGACCCCCACGAAGACGAAUGUGUUCGCUGGGCUCAAGGGCACAGCCCAAGGUUCUUGGAGGCAGAACCCGCGCUAACGCUCAGAAGGCUGCUGGAGCCCCGCGAGGCGAGGAGUCAAGAAGGGACGUCCGGCUGGGGGAGUCCCCGCUGGGGUCAGGGUCGAGGGGUACCUGCGACCUGGCAGGUCGACCUCUGGAAGAGCCAGGCGGGUGCCGCUGAGGCGGAGGCGGGGCGCGGCGGGUGCAAGGCGGCGGCGCAGGAGCUGCAGGUCGCGCUGGAGGCGGCCGAGGCCCGCGCGGGGCGGCUGCAGCGCGGCCAGGCCGAGGUGAGGCGGCGCGCAGAGGAGGCCCGGGAGGCCGUGCUGCGCAGCCUGCGCCGGGUGCGGGAGCUAGAGGCGCUGGCACGGCGGGUGCCCGGCCUGCAGCGCGGGGUGCGGCGGCUGGAGGCCGAGCUGCAGCGCUACAGGUCAGAAGGUCCUAAGCUCCCAAGAUCCUCACGAGCCAGCCCAGAGCUAGAAAAUGAGAGUGGCGAACCUGAGGACCAUGGGACCAGAGACCCAGAUGCCUCUCCAAAGGGCACCUGGCAGUCAGACAGCAGCUUGGAGAGCCGAGCCCCAGAGGAAGUGGACGAGCAGCUCUUCUGCUCUGUGGAGGGCCAGGCCACCUCUGAAGAGGAGGAUGAAGAGGAGGAGGAAUGGCAGGAGGAGCAGAGGCCCUCAGGCUGUGGCAGCCAGUGCCAUGAUCAGAUGGUCAAGACACCCAGGACCUACUCCAGCCACUGUGGUAAUGCCAACCACACUUGCACCCUGAGGGAACUGGAGGCCCACAUCACCAGGCUGGGAGAGCAGCGGCAGGCCCAAGGUUGUAGCAGGAAGGCCCUGGGCACACCUGGAGAGGAGGCAGAGCUGCAGCAGAAGGUGGUGGAGAGCGAGCACCUGCGGCUGGAGCUGCAGAUGGUAGAGACGGAGCGGGUACAGCUGUUGCUGCUGGAGGAGAAGGUGGUGGACGUGCUGCAGCUCCUGCAGAGGCUCCGAGACUUGAACAUAUCAAAGAGAGCCCUGGGAAAGAUCUUGCUGUGCACGCUGGACACUUGCAGGGACCCCACACAGGAAGCCAGAUCUGGUCCCUUGGCCAUCCUGGAUGCCCUGUACCAAGCCUUGGCCGGCUGCGAGCUCCUUCAGAGACAGCCAUCAGCAGCUGAGGGUCCUGCACUCACCAACCCCCUCCUUGUCUCCUGCUGA